AGGAGACCCCUCCUUGAGGUUGAUGGCUGGGGUGGGACACAAACGGUGGAUGAUGGCCAACCCAUCGUCGAAGUGGCUGCCGAUAGUGGAGAAGUAGAGGUCGAACAGCUCGUUUCAAAGUUAGUUUCACGCCCUGAAGUCCCUCAGGGGGACUCUCUGCUGAUGCUAUCGAUAAGAAGUCCGCUACCUACGCCCCGCGUUACGCCUGAGGAACCACUUACAAAGAGAAUCCUUAAUAACGGCCCUGCAACUCUAGCUGCAGAUGUCCCUCUAAUCCCGAAUAAUGCAAGACUAUCUCAGUCACCGCAACAAGCUUCACUUAUUGUUUCACAAAAUAUACAGCAGCCUGCAGAACAUGUAGGCCAACCUACGCAUAAUCAUACAACAAGCGUUUCACCUCCUGUUCAAUCAUCCAAUAUUUCUCAACCCAUUGCACCACCUCAGCAGCUCAUUUCAACAUUCCCUUAUAAUUCGCAGGCUCCUCCGCAACCCCAGUUAGCGCAAUCUGUCACACCAGCAUCGUUUCCGCAUGCCCAGUUCUCUCAGACUCCUCCACAAACCCAGUCAACACAGUUCGCCACGCCAGCACCUUUCAUGCAUCCCCAGUUUUCUCAAGUAUCUCAUUUUUCUCAGCCACAAUUCUCGCAAGCUGCACCGUUCCCUCAACAAUUUCCCGCUCAUCAACAAUCAUACCAGCUCGGUCAAUUUCCUCAACAACAACUUAUUUCUGGUCACAUGCCAUACAUGCCGCCUCAAUCAAUGGCGAUGCCAACAGGCAUGCCGUUUCAAAACUUGAGGGACCCGCAGAGUUUUCAAAUGCUUGUGACUUUGAUGGAUGUUAUGAGAAACACCAACGGUGGUGAAUUCUUACAGGCGGGACAGCCCUCACCCAUGUAUUCGCAGAUUGAAACUUUGUCCAGCGCUCCGUCUGCCAUCCGUGAUGAACAAACACCGGAUUCAAUCGUUGCUGCAGACCAGCCCUACCCUCCUUCAUCGUCUUCUUAUAAAUCACGUAGCCCAACUCCCGACGUUGUUGUGUUGAAGCAACCGGAAAAACAGCCUCGUCCUCCCGGACACAAAUUUCGCACCGACACAUCUUCUCGCGCGCCAUCGACAAUUUUGCUUCCUCCUUCAGUAAAGCGCAAAGCUAUUCACGACGCCAUGCCGCCCGCAAACCCGGCAGGAAACCUGCCUAACAAACGAUCUCUCAAGGGCAAGGAACGUCUCGUAAUAUCUAACGAAUCUGAUAAUGACGAUGGCACCCCUCCUGCCGGUUCAGACGAUGUAUUUGAGCAGUCGCAUUUGAGCUCACCGGGCCGUCCGAACGCAAGAAAGAAUUCUGGAGAGGUGUUCCUGGAUGAUCAAGGGCAGCCUCUGACAUUCUUUGUGCAGGUUGAUCUGCAGGGGCGAUCGGGAGUGGUUUCAAACAUCAAGAAAAAUAAAGGCAAAAUCAUCGGGAGUAUUGCCGAUGCAGAUUAUGUCAUUCUCUUCACACGCUCGCAGACAUUCCAGGGGCUCUUGAGUGAGGCCCAUGCCUGCGACAAGGUUCCAAUUCAGUCGGCAUUCGUUGCCGACUGCAUCGCUGAGAACACGUUGUUGGAUGAACGCGAGUACGUGCUUGACACGGUCUCAGGCAAACAUGGGAAGCGCGGCAGACCAAGUAGCGCAUUUUUUGAAUUUGUGCAGGUGGACAGUCCUUCUGCCAAGAAAGAGAAUCAAAAAUCUACGUCAAAGCUGAAGCCGAAGGCAAAGAAGACCACGCCUACAGAGACGCCAGUAAAGAAAGUGGAAAAGAGAUCAGCGGCCACUUCCCCACAAUUCUUAGCAGCAUCUCUAUCACCGUUCUCGAAUGAGGUAAAGUCCCGCCAUUCACGACGGUCUCCUACCCCUCCUCCCCCAGAGACUCGCAAAUCUAUGAGGGAUGGGAAGUUUCACUUUACGCAGCCAGAAAUUGAGUACUUCUGUCAGUAUGCUCAAUUCCUGCUCAAUGAGGACCCAACGAUGUCUACCACGGUCUUGAUUCAAGCCAUGCACAAAAAGAUGCCACAUCACUCCAUUGGGUCCUGGCAGAUGCAGGCGGGUUCAAAACUGAAAACACAACUUACUGAGAUUCGCAAGAGGGCAAAUAUCGCGUUUCGCAAGUCUUUGAAUGGGAAUACGGAGAAAGCAACUGAGGGGGAAAGACCUGGCCCAUCGAAGAAGCCUCGAUUAGCUGCCUUGCCGGCUCCCCCUACUGUAUCACAGGAAUCUUUGGAACGAGAAGAUUUUGAAGUAAUUUGUGAAUUCUUUGCCAAUGGUGGAGGGGACGAUGAUAAUGACGAGAGGGUAUGGGAAAAGUUGUCACAGCAUCGACCUUGCAAAAGCGCGGAGUCUUGGCCAGAGUAUUACACGACACAUCAAAGUGAAGUUUAUGCACAUAUUGAGGAGCUUGUGCGUUCCUCCAGCUAGCUGGACGAUCUAUAAGUGACUGGUUUUUAUGAACUGUUCUGUCAUGCUGUAU